CUCCCCGACAUUCCCUGGCGAUCUAGAGAUCAACACCCCACAUCCUUGCAACACACGCCAUGUCGAGCAUCGGCGGAGCCACCUCCCAGGCCGAGGGCCAGCGCCAAAAGCUGCUGGAAAAACAGCGCACUCGUAUGAUGGACGAGAUUCAGAAGAAAAAAGAGCAGAUCUCGAAGGACGCUCAAGUCAAAAUCGGCGCCGACAAGUUUGUGAGCCAGCACGACGAGCUCGAGAACGAGUUCAAGCAGCAGACCAUCGGUCUGGUCAAGCUCGAGGACUUCCAGAGGAUCCGUGAGACCGUCGAUCGCAAGAAGGAGGAGCUGCGAAACAGUUCUCUCAAACCCGAGGCUGUCAAAAAGAAGAAAAAGAAGGCGGCCAAGAUCAACCUGUCGUUCGAUGUCGAAGGAGAGGAAGACGCAGAUGCAGACCAAGAGGAGGUCCCAAAGAAGAAGAUCAAGAAAGACCCCACCAUCGACACAUCGUUCUUGCCCGACAAAGAGCGCGAAACGGCCGAGCAGCUCGAACGCGAAGAAUUGCAGAAGGAGUGGGAGCAGCAACAGGCAUUGAUUCAAAAGGAGAGAAUCAAGAUCACAUGCAGUUACUGGGACGGCUCGGGUCAUCGAAUGCAAGUCGACUGCGUGAAAGGAGACAGCAUCGGCCAAUUCCUGGAAAAGUGUCGACAACAAUGCCAUCAGCUGCGCAGCGUUCAUGUGGACAACCUGAUGUACAUCAAGGAAGAUUUGAUCAUCCCGCAUCACUACACAUUCUACGACUUCAUUCUCAACAAGACCCGUGGCAAGUCCGGACCGCUGUUCUCGUUUGAUGUCCACGACGACAUUCGAUUGCAGAACGAUGCAUCCGUUGAGACCGAGGAGUCCCACGCCGGCAAGGUCAUCGAGCGGUCCUGGUACGAGAAAAACAAGCACAUCUUCCCUGCAAGUCGGUGGGAGGUCUUUGACCCGCAAAAGGACUACGGCAAGUACACCAUCAAAGACAAGAAACAGGAUGACUGAGUGCAAAUCAGCCGCGAAGACGGGGUUGUCCUGCCAUCGUCCACUCUGCGGCGGUUGCUCCAUGUACCAUAACCGACCCAAGAAAAGCACUCUGGAGCCAACCCGACCCAGGCCGACCCCAAUAGCGCGAGCUACUUGAUCCUUCAUACCAGCCACGACCGAGAUUGGGCUGCUCAAGUACGACACGACAGGAAAGCUGUGAUGCUGAAAGUGGAGGCGUGUGUAUUCUUGCAGUCCAACAAGUCCGGCGUCAGGGCUCAGACUCAGUCGUCAAUGGUGAUGACGCUGUAGGAGGGGGC